CUCGGGCGAACCGGAGCUUCUGCUCCGUCGUCCUCGUCUCACAGUGUCCGCAACUUUGAGGGACGAUGCUGCGAGAUCCUGCGCUCUGCACGUUCCUUCUUCUCCUCACCAGGCACUGACCUCUCGCCGAGUAGAGGAGCUCAACCCGCUGGAUGUGAGUUGCCUACAAUACUUUUUUUUUUUCUUCUUUUUUUUGAAUGAUGUUGCACGCGACUUUCGUCGUCUACUUUUCUCCGCAUUAGAAGCGUGCAACAUCCUGCAUCUGCUAUCGCCCUGGCAACCGCUCCUCCUCUCCAUCACUGUGCCUCAGCAGCAGCAGCGUCUCCGGGAGAAGAGAAAAUACGCGCGUGUUUACGCACGCUUUCUUCUUCUUCUUCUUCUUCUUCUUCUUUUUCCUUACCUCUUGAAAUUUCCUUUUCAAUAUUUCGUUUAUUAUUAUUAUUAUUUUUUAUUUUUUAUUGUAACGUUCAUGUGUCGGAGAAGUGUCUUCUGUCCGCACCAAGAUGCCCGUGAGACGCGGUCACGUUGCGCUCCAGAACACCUACCUGGACACCAUCAUCAGGAAAUUCGACGAGCAAAAUCGCAAGUUUGUGAUCGCCAACGCGCAGAUGAAGAACUGCGGCAUCAUCUACUGCAACGAGGGCUUCUGCCAGAUGUUCGGCUUCACCAGGGCCGAGAUCAUGCAGCAGCCGUGCACCUGCCAGUUCCUGGUGGGGCCCGGCACCAUGAAGAGCGCCCUGGCCCAGCUGGCGCAGGCCCUGCUCGGCUCGGAGGAGCGCAAGGUGGAGAUCCUGUACUACGCCAAGGGAGGGACCUGCAGACCCUGCCUGGUGGACAUUGUCCCCGUGAAGAACGAGGAGGGCCUCGUCAUCAUGUACAUCCUCGACUUCCAGGAGCUGGUCGACCCCACGCUCAAGAGGUCCGGCCUCCGGCAGCGGGUCGCCAAAGGAUGGAUUUACUGUCAGAAUCGCAGGCUGAAGAUGAGGCUGCCGGUGCUGCGCUCCAUGCGGCGGCCGUCCCUUUCCAAAGAUCAGUUUGAAGGGGUGGUGGUGGACUACCUGCAGCCGAACAGCGAGGAGGUCCCUCUGAAAGAGUUCCGGAUCCCGUCCAAGGAGAGCUGCAUGCAGUCGGAGACGGAGGCUCUGAUCGAGCGGGACCUGGAUCCUCCGUCUCCCGCGGCCCAGUCGUCCACCAAGCGGUGCUCCCUGCUGACGGACCGGCUGGACCCCGCCAACGCCUUCCCCCGGGGGAGUCUCCCCCGGAGCUGCUCCCGGGACAGCGUCCGCAGCCUCCGGCGCGCCUCGUCGCUGGACGACAUCGACGGCAUGAGACCCCCUCACGGAGACCCUCUCACGAACAGCAAUCUGAAGCCCAGCGUGCUGAACUCCACGUCCGACUCGGACCUGAUCCGACACCGGACCAUCGGCCGCAUCCCCCAGGUCACCCUCACCUUCGGCUCGGAUCGGAUGAGACCCCCCUCGCCCGCGGAGAUCGAGAUCAUCGCGCCCAGCAAGAUAAAAGACCGCACCCAGAACGUCACGGAGAAGGUCACGCAUGUCACACAGGUUUUGUCCCUCGGUGCUGACGUGCUGCCGGAGUACAAGCUCCAGGCCCCGCGCAUCCACAAAUGGACCAUCCUCCACUACAGCCCGUUCAAAGCCGUGUGGGACUGGGUCAUCCUGCUGCUGGUCAUCUACACCGCCGUCUUCACGCCGUACUCGGCCGCCUUCCUGCUCAACGAGGUGGAGGAGCAGCGGCGGAGGACCUGCGGCUACACGUGCAACCCGCUCAACGUGGUGGACCUGGUGGUGGACGUCAUGUUCAUCGUGGACAUCCUCAUCAACUUCCGGACCACCUACGUCAACCACAACGACGAGGUGGUCAGCCACCCGGGGCGCAUUGCGCAGCACUACUUCAAGGGCUGGUUCCUCAUCGACAUCGUGGCCGCCAUCCCUUUCGAUCUGCUCAUAUUCCGCUCUGGAUCGGAGGAGCCCCAGACAACUACUCUGAUUGGACUACUGAAGACGGCCAGGCUGCUGAGGCUGGUGCGAGUGGCCAGGAAGCUGGACCGCUACUCUGAGUACGGAGCUGCCGUCCUGUUCCUCCUCAUGUGCACCUUCGCCCUCAUCGCCCAUUGGCUGGCGUGCAUCUGGUACGCCAUCGGCAACGUGGAGCGCACCAGCUCGGCGCACAUCGGCGGCCUGAAGAUCGGCUGGCUGGACAACCUGGCCGACCAGAUCGGGAAACACUACAACGACAGCGACGCGGCCUCGGGCCCCUCCGUCAAGGACAAGUACGUCACGGCCCUGUACUUCACCUUCAGCAGCCUGACCAGCGUGGGCUUCGGGAACGUCUCGCCCAACACCAACCCGGAGAAGAUCUUCUCCAUCUGCGUCAUGCUCAUCGGCUCUCUGAUGUACGCCAGCAUCUUCGGCAACGUGUCGGCCAUCAUCCAGCGGCUGUACUCGGGCACGGCCCGCUACCACACCCAGAUGCUGCGGGUCAAGGAGUUCAUCCGUUUCCACCAGAUCCCCGGAGGCCUGCGACAGCGGCUGGAGGAGUACUUCCAACACGCCUGGUCCUACACCAACGGCAUCGACAUGAACGCUGUUCUGAAGGGUUUCCCCGAGUGUCUGCAGGCGGACAUCUGCCUCCAUUUGAACCGCAGCCUGCUGCAGCACUGCAAGGCCUUUCGCGGCGCCAACAAAGGCUGCCUGCGGGCGCUGGCCAUGCGAUUCAAGACCACCCACGCUCCCCCGGGUGACACCCUGGUCCACUGCGGGGACAUCCUCACCGCCGUCUACUUCAUCUCCAGAGGCUCCAUCGAGAUCCUCCGGGAAGACGUGGUGGUGGCCAUACUGGGAAAGAACGACAUCUUUGGCGAGUCCAUCAGCCUGUACGGACGACCGGGGAAGUCCAGCGCUGACGUCAGGGCUUUGACCUACUGCGACCUUCACAAGAUCCAGAGAGAAGACCUGCUGGAGGUGCUGGACAUGUAUCCCGACUUUGCUGACGUGUUCUGGAACAAUCUGGAGAUCACCUUCAACCUGAGAGAUGCAGAUAGAAUAAACCAGACGACCCCGAGCAGGGACUCUGAAUGUGGCUACCGCCGAGCGAGGCAUCGGAGAAGCUCCCUGCGGCGUAGAAACCGUCCAGACGGGAUGGACCGUGAGGAGACUUACCCCGAUAAGUCCUGCACAAUGGCAAACCACCACCGGGGCCCGACGGCAGGAUCCCACUGGGAGGACCUCUGCAGCAGCGCGAGUAUCUGCUCGCAGUCCAGCGAUGAGGAGAUGAAGCCCGCGGGCCACGGCAAAGGGGAGUUGUACGCCCACAGGGUCGACACCAGAGACUUCCCCCCCGCGGCGGUCAACCCCCUGCCUCACAGCGGACCCUCCGCUGGGAUGGGACCGCCUGUGGACCUCGGAGCACCGCCGUUCUCAGCGGCGGCGCCCAUCAGCAUGUCGGGCCUGUAUGGCUACUGGCCAGGCCACAAGACCGGCCGGUUCCCAGAAGGCCAGAGACAGUCGUCAUCGGUCAGGGCCCGUUUCCACCCGCGCUCGAGCGCGGACGACCGGCCGAGUGAGCUCCAAUCCAGACUGGAGCUGCUACAGUCUCAGUUAAACAGGCUGGAGUCACGCAUGACAGCAGAUAUCACUGUGAUCCUGCAGCUCCUCCAGCGGCAGAUGGCCCCGGUGCCUCCGGCCUACAGCGCCGUGUCCCCCAGCCCUCACCCGCCUCCCCCCGCCACCCUGUACGGCGCGGGGCCGCCCACAAUCCACGCCGUCCCCCCGGUCCAGAUCCACAGCACUGCCUCUCUGCUACAGAGUCCAGACUCUGACUUCAAGCACAAAUCCAAGGACACGCUGUCCAGCGGGAUCCAUCUCACCGUGGCAUCGGAUGACGACACCAUGUCCAUGUCGCCGGAGGCGGAGCCGCCGCGCCUGCCCUCCGUGGACCUCGCCCCUCCUCUGCUGUCGGGCAUCCGAGAGCCUACAGGACUGUUAUGUGGCAGCCAGCGCUUCCCCUCCCUCCCCGAGCACCUGGAGACCUCGGCGGCGGUGCCGGAGAUCCAGAGGCGCAUCUCCGACCCCGUCUUGCCAGGCAGCUAGAAUACACACACCGACGAAAAAGCCCUUGCCGCUUUGGACGGGAUGGCCGCGUGUUCCCCCAUGAUGGUUACUUCCCUUCUCCCUCCCUUAAAAAAAUCUUCUCUGUACUGUUCAGAUGCUGCUGAACAGUGUGGGAAAGCCUGGCCUUCCUCCGUCACUGAGGCCUCAGAGUGCCUCGUGUUUUUCGUACGGACUCAACGGUGCUGCAGCAUCCCUUCACUCCCCGAGGAAGAGAUUAAUUCCGGGCCGGCUGGGCGGGGGAAAUCUGCAACACGACCACAGAAACUUACAGUAUACACGCGUCAGACAGUCGACAGCAUCCUGGUUUCCUACGAAAGAGGAGAAAUGUCAAGGACCGCUAAUAUGUCGUCACGCGUGAAGAAUGUUCUGCAUUCACUUUGUAAACGAGUUGCACAUUUAGAGAGUAGAAAAAAAGCUUGGCACUGAAAUUAUUUUCAUAAUUUUAGAGACGCGUUAGUCACGUUAAGAGCCAUACGUGGAGUAAACUUCGUAACUUUUGAGUGUAAAAAAAAAAGUUAUAGAUUCCCUGCUGUUUUUGUGUUUGUUUAAAAAAUAUCAAAACGUAACUGUCUGGUACACUGUGGAGGAUGGUGGUUCGUGAAGGUUCAAGUCAGGGUUGGGGGGGAAAUAUGACGAGUGAAGUGUAAUUUUCAUCUCACAUUUCAUGUCUUGUGAUAUUUGAUCACGAGAGUGUGUUUUCCAACGUACACAAUCAAGCGGAGCAGACAAAGAUUUGCUUGGUUUCCCCCCCGUUUCUUUUUUUUCUGUUUCUGUAUUUUCUGUCCACAGUUUUUGUGUUUCGGUUUCACAACGGACCUGAUGAGUUUAUCUGAAAGUGACAACAUUUGACGCUUAAAACUUCCGACGGUUGUGUGGAUGGUGACUGUUAAUCACGUGCAGGCACAGAGACGUCGUCUCAUGACGUCCUCCGUUAAGAUGAUUCCACAGUUCCAACCAUGAGGUGAAUGUAACGCAUUUACAAGCAUUUAUAAUACUGUACAAUGUUUCUUGAAGCACAAACUCCUGUUAUUUACAAUAGUAUUAUUAUUUUUUCGAAUUAAAAGCUUACUGUGUUAAAUGCGGAAUUAACAUUCAGAUCAUUCAAGAAACAUUCUCAAUUACAGGUAUGAUGUACUAUACUUGGAAUAUUAAAAUUUUGGAAAUGCAGAAUACCCCAGGUUAGCGGGAAUCUAGAUGGUAUGGCCUACGAUUGAAGACCAAGAGAUCCUUUGGUCGUGACCAUUCCAACGGUAGAAGAUUAACACGACCUUUCAAACACUCAACUUCACACAAAAUGAAGCGACGCCGUUUGUUCCUAAGACAUGGAGGAAAACAAUUUAUUAGAGCAAAUUCAAUAAUAAACUUUUAUGAAAAAAGCUACAACAUGAACACUUGGCUUACCAACAAUCUCAAGUUGAUAUAUUUAUAUGUAUUUACAUUUUGCCCUGUAAUGGCAUGCUACAAGGACAUGACCCUUUAAUUAUUGAAAAAGAAAAAAGAAAAAGAAAAAAAAGAGAGGCAGACGCAGACGGAAAAGUUGUUUUGCUCCCGCUCUCGCUUCACAGCUCACUCUCUAAACACAAAAGAAAACGCAGCUUUCCAAGCACAAACUUCUACAAAUGAAAAGAAGAAGAAGAAGAAGAAGAAGAGGAUAGUCAGGGAGCUCAGAGACAACAACAUUGCUCUGGUAGGUUCUCAGUGUUGCUGUACAUGGCUGCCUCACAGCAUCGCCGUGAGGAUUUUGAAGCCUUCUCUGGUUAUGUUUUACAAUUCUUACAACGUUGCACAGGUCGCAAGUUCGAGCCUGAAAUACAAUUAUUCGUAGAGAGGAUACUGGACACAAGUGUUUUUAAAAAAAUUUAAAUUGCCACAGAGGUAAACAAGACUAUAUAAUAUACUGAUCUUGACCAGCAAUAAUAAUAAUGAGU